AUGAUACCUAACUACAAUGGUGAUUCUCGUGAAAGAGAAGUUCAAACUUAUAAAGGCCAAGUUCGUUGUGAUUCAAUUCUUUUUCAUUGCUUUUUUGGAAUUCCUUUUAUGAUUAUGUAUUUUUAUGGAACAUGGGAUGUAUGGUUUUUGUACAUUACUAUUUUCUUCCCAUAUGCAAUGAUUGGACAAAUAGGCUUGUGCGUUGCAGGCUGAAAGAGCGGUAUUAAAACAGUCUCAACUUAUUCUUCUUUGCUAAGGUCCACUAAAAUCGUUUUCUGGGUACUUCUAGUAGGGGUUGGAUUGGGCUUCAUAGCAUCAUUUUUAUCUAAUUGAACGAUUUCUUGUGAUGAAGAAGAAUUCGACAGUAAUUGUGAAAAUGAUGAAAAUAUAGCUGAAGGACUUACAGUAAUUACUGGGAUACUGUGCUUCAUUUUUGGUAUAACUUUAGUGCUUUUGCAUUACUCAUUUCGCCACGCAAAAAAGCUACUAAAAGCAAUGAAAAAUGCAUCACAGCCUUUAAAUUCAUCUCAGCCUUUAAAUGCACCGCUAAUCAUGAAUCAAGAACCAUUUGUUUAUCCUCAAGCGAAUCUUAUAAUUCCUCAAAGUCAGCAAAAUUAUUAUCAAAAUAAUCCUCAGUUUGGAUAUCCUCCUGUUCCUCCCAGCGGGUAUCCAUAUGUUCAGCCAGUUGCUGCAUCCCCAUUACCCCCUGCAGUAUACCAAAAGCUUUAA